AUGAAGAAGAUUGUUGAGAGUAAUCUCUACCUAGUUUGUGAAAGAGAAGAAGAAACAAUAGUGCAUGCCUUAUGGGCCUGUCUUGCAGCAGCAGACAUUUGGGGUGGAGAGACAAGCUUGUUUAGGAAAUGGAAAAGAUUCUAUCCUGAUUUUCAACAGCUAUGGGGAGAGAUGACUGAGAAACUACCACAGAAAAAUAUUGAGAUGGCUGCAGUUUUGUUCUACCACAUUUGGGUCAGAAGGAAUUCUUAUACUUUUCAAAAUCAGCCUGAGAAUCCUGCCACAAUUGUUGCUAUGGCUCAAGCAGACCUAUCUACACUUAAGGAGAUCAACUUAAGCACCAAUAAUAGUGCAGCAAAGAAUCGAGAAAGAGGACCAAGUCAGCUCUGGAAACCACCUGAGUGGCCUUUCUUCAAAGUGAAUUUUUAUGCAGCAUUUGACAAAGACAAGGAUAGCAUGGGGAUGGGGAUCAUAUUGAGGGAUCCUGAAGGGGGCUUACAAGCAAGUUUGAUAGCUUCUAAGAUACAUGUUCUUUCUGAUUUUCAAGCAGAAGUGUCUGCUUUACAUAGAGCCAUGGAACUUUGCAUUGAGUUAGGACUGAAUCAAGUCAUAUUAGAAGGGGAUGCCAAAUUAGUAAUAGAUUCAAUCAAUUCCAAGAAUGAAGACAACUUGUGGCUUGGCUAG